CCGCAACCCCACCUUGUGUUCUUGGAACUGGCUGUACUGGUGUGCUUCUCAUGUCAGACGAUGAUUUGGAUUCCUUAGUUGUGGAGCAUCUGGCAAACUUAUCCGCUAUACUCGCGCUGAUGCAUCACCUUGAAGAUUCUUUGAGUUUGGGAUGGGUUCUGUUAGCUAAAACUCGCAGCAAUCUUCCGGCCGGAAACAGCUCACGCAUUUCUUCGGCGGCUUACAAUGUCCACGAAAUGUCCACUCGUGGUGCCACGUUCCGGGUAUUAAACAAUGACACACUUGCACCGAGCCGUGCCAUCGGAGACGAGACUAUUCAGAUGCAAGUCUUGGAUGAGUUGCUGGUCAAUGGUGUACACAUCGAUCCACCCGCGGAUCCCAUACGAUGGUUUGCUGGCGUGCUGGUCCCGGCUAGCCUUCGCAGGGCACAAGCAUCGUUUCGGCGGGCACUUCACCUGGCUGUGAAUUUGGCCAAUCAUCGGGCUAAAUUGGAAUCGUCUUCACGGAGGCUGAGAAUGCUGGUCGAGAGUCGCAGCAUCAGCACUCCAAUGCAGCUCACAGAAGCCAAACAGGAUGAAAGCGAAUCCCCUUCUACCGCUUUGAAUACUAUGUAGAGAUGCAAUCUCUAAUUCCUCUGGUCUUUCAGUCAGGUUUUUUGAUCCACCUGGCCUCGUAAUUUUCUUUUUCCCCUAUGUGCCUUUUUAUCACUCAAGCCUCUUUGUGACCGUUUGUCGAGUCUUGUGGUGCUAGCGUGUUACCCAAGAAAUUUGAUGCACUUUUG